AUGGAGUUUUAUGCAGUGUUCAUAUGUGUAUUAAUCAUAAAUGCUGCUUCGGCAGCUUACGAAGAUGCUCGGUGUAAAUGUGUCUGUUUACUCCCAAGCUCCUAUAUGAAUAAUACUAAAUCAUCAAAGAAGAUAUAUGUGAAAGCGAUUCCUUCUGAGAAAUGUACCUGUGAAUAUAUGUUACAAAACGAUAAAGACCUUUGUCGUUAUUGUGAAUGCAAAUUUCAGGUUAGAAAUACUGCUACCAUAAAAGUUGUUGUUUGCCUUAUUCUAACAGUCAUUACAGCCUUGGUUUUAUAUAUGCUAUUUCUCUUACUACUUGAACCAUUACUAUCUACAAGACAUUUAUCACAUAAAACAAUAAUUGAUAUGGGAAUAUGUUCAGAACCACAACAGCCAAAUAACUUUACUAUUAAUCAACACAAUAAUAAUGACAAGAUAAAUGAUGGAAGAUCAACUAAUUCAUGGGUUAAUAUAAACAUUCCCGUUAGUAGUAGUGGUCAUGGCGAUUCAGCUGUAUAUUCUAAAGCGAUUGAUAAAGCAGUUAUUUGGGAUAAAACUAAGUUGACUCCUAAACAAUUUAUGGAUUCCAAUUUGAGAAUAAUCACUCCUUCAAAUCGCUGGCGAUUACGUAAUCGCUCUGGGUUAAUUUCAAAUGAUCAAGUUGAAGAUCCUAAUGGAUUAAAUCUUACCACAAUACCUUCUACAUCUGUUGGAGUAUCUAGUGUUGUAAAUCGUGUUCGAGAUCAACAACAGCGUUGGAAAGGAAAUGUUGAAGCACAACGUACUCGUAGAAAUGAGCCUGUGUACCCGUGUAUAUAUAUAUUUUUGGAGAACACUGAAAUUAUUCCAAAAAUGAAUUUCUUUACACUUUACGUAACUUUAGUGUACACCAUUCUCAGCGCGCAUUCAAACAUUGAACCACUUAUAGAAAAAGUAAAUUAUUACAAUCUAGGUAAAUAUAAUAGUCAAGUCACACACAAAUCUAUUAACAGAAACUCUGAUAAGAUGCCUGAAUACGACGACCAACUUCCCGAUUUCCCACAUAAGCAAUUAGAAGAAGAAGAGAGCCCAUUUCACAAAUUUUCUGAACUUCUUAAUUCUGGAUCUGUCCUACCAUUGUGGUUGGUGAACCCAAUGUACUAUGUAUUUGAAGUGUUCGCAAGGACUGUAUCAUAUUACGUAAACUAA